UUUCUACUCUCUUCUCAACUGUCUCACCGUGUUCAUCUCGCGUGCAUAGCAGUCAGAAAAACACUGCGAGAAAGAGAAGAAGAAGAAUCAGAGAGAGAAACUAGAGAGAGAAAGGAAAACCCCUUUUGACCAUUGCGCCUCCGUUUUCAUUUUCCCAUUGAUUAUGCCAACACAGCCUUUUUUGUUUUUUUUCUUUGUUCUUGUGAUCAUCACCCUUCUCAUCUGGGCUCUGUGAUCAACCCCAAAACUCCGAUCUUUGUCCCUUCCCGAUUCGGAUUCGGAUACCCACUUGCGUCUCUCUUUCUGGGUCCGCUUUUUUUCGGCCAAAGUUUCCGUUUUGCAUAGUGGGGAAGAGUUAAAAGGGAUUAAUUCUAUGUGGGUUUCGCGCAUAUUGGGUAAUCAAUGUUGACUUUAUCAUCACUGUGGUUAUGAAGUAAUAUGGAAGUGCUCCUUGCGCGCAUAGCCCAUCAGCGACAACAACGAGGAUAAUAACAUGUCGUUUUACAUUGGUCGUGAGGCUUCCAAGCUAUGGAAGAGAAUCUGUGCAGAGACAACUACAGAGAUCAACCUCCUUGCUGAGAAUUGGAAGUACCUUCUCGCUGGUCUUGUUUUUCAGUAUAUACAUGGUUUGGCUGCCCGAGGAGUUCAUUAUUUGCAUAGGCCUGCCCCUACCCUACAAGAUGUUGGAUUCUUCCUUCUUCCGGAACUUGGGCAAGACAAAGCUUACAUAAGUGAAACACUGUUUGCUAUGAUCUUUCUAUCGUUUGUCUUGUGGACGUUUCAUCCUUUCAUAUUGAAGAGCAGAAAGAUCUACACAGUUCUAAUAUGGUGCAGGGUUUUAGCAUUCUUAGUUGCCUCUCAAAUUCUUCGCAUAAUCACCUUUUAUUCUACACAACUUCCUGGUCCAAACUACCAUUGCCGUGAGGGGUCUAAACUUGCCACAUUACCCCGUCCAGAUAGUGUCCUUGAAGUGCUCUUAAUUAACUUUCCGCGUGGCGUGGUCUAUGGAUGUGGUGAUUUAAUAUUCUCAUCACACAUGAUCUUUACUCUUGUUUAUGUGCUCACAUAUCAGAAAUAUGGCACUAGAAGGUCAAUGAAGCAGCUAGGGUGGUUGCUUGCUGUGAUUCAAAGUCUUUUGAUAGUAGCAUCUCGCAAACAUUACACCGUUGAUGUUGUUGUUGCUUGGUACACCGUUAAUUUGGUGGUAUUUUUUAUAGACAAGAAAUUGCCAGAAUUACCAGACAGGUCAAUUGCAGCUGCAACCUUGCUACCUUUGAGCAUCAAAGAAAAAGACAGCAGGACCAAAGAGGAGAAUCACAAGCUAUUGAAUGGAAAUUCUGGAGACCCUGCAGAUUGGAGGCAGAGAACUCAAGUGAAUGGCAAGAUCAUGGAAGAUGGCAAUACACUCCAUGCAGACUCUGCCAUGAAUGGUGCAUAGAUAUAGGAGCCUCUGCUUGUACAAAUUGGAUCCACUGCAAGAUAGCUGAUGGAAAGCUGCAACCUUCAAUUUGAAGGAUUUGUUGUCUGAAACAUUCACAUGUUAAUUCAAAUUAGUAACCUCAUUUGUACCAGUGAAAUUGAAACAAACUGGGUUGUGCAUUUCAACAUUUUGCAGCUCAGAUCCAUGUAAUGGAUAAAUUAUCUACACCAUCAGCAUGUGCUAUAGAAAAUUUCCAUUCUCUCUUUUACCUA